CGGCGAAUCCGUAUAUAUAAUAGUUCUUCGGAUUUCGGCAGUUUACCACUAAAAUAAUUCUUCUUCACACCUACAUACUAAUACUUACAACAUCGAAUGUGAAGCUUCAAGAAAUAACUUUAAACCAUAAGCUUCGCGUCGGAUGAACUUAUCUUCAUCAUGCUGAUUAAUCCUCUAAGCUCGUCGGCCAUCCUUCAGCAGAUGGCCGAUGCUCUACCUACUCAUCCUCAAGGCGACACUACAUCUGAUUUGAGUAGCUCCCAUGAGGCUCUAGCCUUAUUUGCCCACGCCUGCAUGGCGUCCCUCGGAUUCCGUCUCCUGGGUUUCGAUGAAACUAAACUUGAAGAAGCACAAUGCCAUGAGCUAGCUCCGCGGCUUCCGCCGAAUUGGAAUGCGUCGUUCAACACCUAUGCAUUUGUCUAUGCGCACCAGCAAUCAGCCCUUCACUUCAUUAUCAAAACCGAUCGAAUGGGAGGCAAAGCCGAGAUCCGCGGCUUGGGUAUUUACGACGAACGUAUUGCACGCGUCGAAGUCACCCUCAAGGAUUUCAUCUCUAACGCGGCUCUUCCUGUCAGAAUAAGCAUCGAUGGCGAUGGCGUAGAGGAUCGCUCCAACCUACCACAGACCUUACAAAAUGUUUUCAUCUCCAGAAGCCGCAUCGAGGACCUGGCUAGUCUAAUCAAGAUCAACAUCGUCCAAAAACUUAUUCCUUCUCUUCAGAAGGAAGGCUACGAGGAAUCUGCUGAUGAUAGAGCCGCGCGCGACGAUGCCGACGAAGCGGGUCGAAGACCGCCAAGACAGCCUGUAAUACCGGAUCCACUACCCCAGCCGGCACAGCCGUACCCGUAUAAUGAUCCUCUGAAUCCACCGCCCCGCAACCCGGUUCCGGCCGGCGAUUUUCCACCACCGGAAUUCGAAGACCCUUACGAUAUAAACCGCCCGUCGGGCGUUCCGCUACGACAGCCUCCUCGAGGCCCAUUUGGGAAUAUCGGGGCUGAUGAUCUGCAUCCUCCUGGGUUAGGACCGCAUGAUCCGCUACGUCCCGGAUUAGGCAUCGGAGGGGGCCUGCCGCGACCCGGUGGAGGUCAAGGCAUGCAUCCAACUUUUGAUGAUCCUCUAUUCGGAGGCUCUGGCAGUGGUGAUGGUGGAUUUGACCCUCAGGUACCACCGGGAGCUCGCUAUGAUCCUCUAGGUCCGGGAGGCCUCCCAAGGCUGGGAGGUCGCAGGCCGGGAGGAGGGUUUGGUGGCUUUGGUGGAGGAGAUAUCAUUUAAUGCACCACAAUGGACUGGUCGAUCAGCCAGAAUUGAAUUUGUCAGGCGGCUAGGCGAAGGUGUGACAUCCACAGAAAAGGAUUUGUAUUACUGGACUGUACAAUUCUAAGCCCUUGCUAUCAUUACUGGUCGCUUCAAGAAGAUUGUCGAAACAAGAAUGCUGAUAUACCAGACUUACCACGACAGGACUACAGUAUCACAUUAUUCAUACUAAUAUAACAUUUCCAAAAUAACGUCAA